AUGCCUCCAUCCCCCGGUACACCCGCGAUAAAAACUCAGGCGCGCUCCGCGACGAUCCUGCCCAAUUUCGUCGGCUUGAAGUUUGCGGUGCAUAACGGCAAGACGUAUAAUGAGGUUUUUAUUACGGAUGAGAUGGUGGGGAGAAAGUUGGGGGAGUUUUCGCAGUUCAUGUGGGGCUUUUGUGUUCUUGGGAGCAGGAUGAUUGUUUCGCAACUUUGCUCGAGGAGGAGAUACACGUUAUCAGCAGCCGUCAUGUUCUCGGACGCCGUUGCUGCCUACCCAUCAAAUCCUCUAUUCGUCAUGGAGAUGGAGAGGUGA